AUGUCGAAAGCUACCAUUGCUGCCAUUGCUGCCGCCAGUGCUGCUACUGGUGCCGGGAUCACCGCUCUCCUCUAUUCCUCUCCGUCUUCCUCUCGACCGCAGCAACAGCAACAGCAACAGCAACAGCAGAAGCAACUCCCUCCUCCCUCUCAACCCGCUGUGACCACACCUCCCACCGCUAUCCCUCCGCCCUCUCUCGCCAACACUCCCAUCGGCAAACCCGACGCGGGCUCCCCCGUGGACCCCUCCGGAAUCUACCAAUAUGGCUUCCCGGGCCCAGUCGCAGACACCAUCACCGCCGUUCCCCUAACCGGUGCCUACGAUCGUCGCACCCGUAAUCCCGCCUGGGUCGCCGAGCACAUCACCCCCUACUCGCUCUCGCUCAAGAACGCAGACCGCAAACACAGCACCUUCGUCGAAGAUACCAACAUCCCCGCUGCCUUCCGCGCAAGACUAUCCGACUACUUCCGCUCUGGCUACGACCGCGGCCACCAGGUGCCUGCCGCGGAUGCCAAAUGGUCCCAGGACGCGAUGGACGGCACCUUUGGCCUCUCCAACAUGUGUCCCCAGGUUGGCGAGGGCUUCAACCGCGACUACUGGGCGCACUUUGAGGAUUUCGGCCGCAAUCUAACGAAGCGGUACCCCUCCGUCCGCAUCGUCACGGGCCCGCUGUACCUGCCCCAUCGCGAUCCGGACGGCAAAUGGCGUGUCUCCUACGAGGUCAUCGGCAACCCCCCUAAUGUGGCCGUGCCUACGCACUUCUACAAGGUGAUCUACGCCGAGGACGGCACCGGUAGCCCGAGCAGCAAGGUAUCACUUGGCGCGUUCGUGCUUCCCAACGCUCGUAUCCCCAAUGACAAACGGCUGGCUGAGUUCGAGGUGCCCCUCGAGGUUGUCGAGCGGGCCAGCGGGCUGGAAUUUGCCUCGAAGCUGGAGCCUAGUCGGCGGAAGCGUCUGUGCCAGGAGAUCAAGUGUGAUAUCGUGGUGCGGGAGUUCAACAACGCCAAGAACCGGGCGUAG